AUGUCCGACCCCUUAUAUUCAAUGUUCAUCAGGAUGGUUUCCUCUGAGGACAGAUUCGAGGCCCUGCGCCCCGUACCAGGCCCUCCAUGUGACACUACUACUCUCCACCCCGCUGCAAAGGUUACCACGCCAAACCCACUUCCUAUCGAGAUCUUCAGUGACAGCGACGAACCGCUGGAGAAGAAGCCUCGCAUCACCUCCACGGCUGUACCAGCAGGGUCCGUCCUCGACGGGAGUGACAAGGCAGCUACGGCCCCUGCUACGAAGCAACAGAAGCCUCGUGUCGUCUCUACCGCUUUACCGAUGGGGCAGGUACUCGGCGGCGGUGACAAGUCAGCUGUGGCCACUGCUACGAGGAAACAGAUGCCGUUCAUAGUCUACACGCCUGUGACAGCAGGAAUAGUCCCCAGUGGUAAUGGCAAGUCAGCUACAGCUACUACUAGGCGGAUACAAAUGCCUCCUAUAGUCUACACGCCUGGGCCAGGAGGAAUGGUUCCCAGUGGUAGUAACAAGUCAGCUACAGCUACUACUACAGGGAUAUGGAAGCCUCACAUUGCCCCCACGGCCCCCCCAGCAGGACUAGUCCCCACUGGUAGUAGCAAGUUAGUUACAGCUGCUGCUGCUGGGAUACAAAGCAAAACACCUACCCCUAGACCUACCGCCGGUAACACUGCUGCCGCCAGGAGACAGGGCACGCUGCCCGCCUCCAGAAAUCCUCACAGUACAGCGUUUAUUGAAGCGCCUGUCAAACCACAGAGCGUGCUGGGUACCUUUGUCAUACCGCCGGUGAUACAUAUGUCCGGUAAUAAGACUCCCACAUCUACAACAGCAGCUGAGGAAGACUCUCUGCCGCCGCUGAGCGAGGAGGAUAGAGAGUGGGCAAACCAAAUCCUCGCCCUUGAGGAUAGCGCUAGGCGCAAUCACCUCAGCGACAAGUUCCCUGAUUGGGAUCUAGGUCUACCUGAAUCGAUUCAACCUGCUUACGGUUCUCUUUAUCCCGGGGAGUGUUCCCACACCAAACAAAGUGAGGUCAGCAUCUCGACCAACAUCGCAGGCUCGACGAGAGUCGAUAUCGCCCCUUUCGGCAGACACCGCACAGCAGACUCCACGACUCAGACCCCUCCUUCCCCAGGGAAAGGCCCCACAGUCCCCACAAGAGCUGUUAUCGCCAGACACAAUAUGGCAAACGCCACGACUAAAACUUCUCUUCAGCCCCCAGACCCAAUCGCAACUACUACCGCCACACGCCCAAUGACCGACGCCGCCACGAACACCUCUUCUCCAUCUAUACGCACCACAGCCACUAUUGGCAUCCAGACCCUCAUACCCCGGACCUCAAACGCCGCUACCAAUACCGCAGCCUUCACGACAAUCGAUAUUGAGGGUCACGCUUUCAAUGUGCCCGUUGACCCGGUGGAAUAUUUCCAUGUCAUGCGGCGGGAGAUUCUUGCGUCGUUUCGUGCCCUCAUGGAGCAGAAGGGUACGCUGCGGGACUUCCAUAUGGUUUGGAGCAGCGCUAGGAAGCGGGCGGCGGAGGAGAUAGAGGCGGAGGACGGCGGAGACUUGGACGUGGAGGAGGGGAGGGUGGUGAAGAGGUGGAGGGUGGAGAAUGGGCUUGGGAAGGGUGUGGAUAAGGCAGAUGGGGAUGAGGACUGUUGUUCACCGAAAGAUUAG